CAAUUGUUUAGCGCCAUUUUUGUUAUUGGAAAGUGGUAGGGAUGUAAAACUGGCAUAUGUUUUCGGAUAUUAUUCCCAAUAACUGAGGUAGACAGGGGAGUGCUUUGUCGGCGAAGAUGUACAUUAAGCAGGUUAUCAUUCAAGGCUUCAGAAGUUAUCGGGACCAGACAGUUGUGGAACCAUUCAGCCCAAAGCAUAAUGUCAUAGUGGGCCGUAAUGGAUCGGGAAAGAGUAAUUUCUUUUAUGCCAUCCAGUUUGUGUUGUCGGAUGAGUUCAGUCACAUGAGACCAGAGCAGCGCCAGGCUCUUCUUCACGAAGGAACAGGCCCAAGAGUUAUCUCUGCCUUUGUCGAAAUUAUCUUUGAUAAUUCUGACAACAGGAUUCCUAUUGACAAAGAUGAGGUGGUACUGCGGCGUGUUAUUGGUUCUAAAAAGGAUCAGUAUUUCUUGGACAAGAAGAUGGUGACGAAAGGAGAUGUGAUGAAUCUGUUGGAAAGUGCUGGAUUUUCUCGUAGUAAUCCAUACUACAUCGUCAAACAAGGAAAGAUUAACCAGAUGGCCACAGCUCCCGAUUCUCAAAGAUUAAAACUUCUCCGUGAAGUGGCUGGGACAAGAGUGUAUGAUGAGAGAAAAGAGGAGAGUAAAGUUAUCCUGAAAGAGACAGAGGGGAAGCGUGAGAAGAUCAACGACCUGCUGAAGUACAUAGAGGAGCGUCUUCAGACUCUGGAGGAGGAAAAAGAGGAGUUGAAGGAGUACCAGAAAUGGGACAAGAUGAGGAGAUCACUUGAGUACACAAUUCAUGACCAUGAGUUGAGAGACACAAGAAAGAAAUUGGAAGAGUUGCAAGACAAGAGAGACAACAGUGGUGUCCACAGCCAGAAACUGAGAGAUCAGCAACAAGCUGCUGCAGAUCAAGUCAAGGCUAUAAAUAAAGAACUGAGAGAGCUGAAGACUCGGAUGCAAGGAAUACUUGAUGAGAAGGAACAGUUAUCAGGAGAGAGCCAGGAACUGACCAAACGCAAAGCCAAACUGGAACUCAACAUCAAAGAUCUCCAGGACGAACUGGAGGGGGACAAAAGUGCUCGGAAAAAAGCAGAGGAUGAGUUGCGCAAACUUAAUGAGAAGAUUUCAAAGACACAGGCAACACUGGAGUCCAUUGUACCACAGUAUGAGGCUCAGAUGGCCAGGGAGGAGAAUGCAGCUCAACAGUUGGCUUUGGCAGAACAGAGGAGGAAAGAAUUGUAUGCAAAGCAGGGUCGAGGAAACCAGUUCACAUCUCGUGAUGACAGAGAUAACUGGAUUAAGAAAGAGCUGAGAUCUUUGAACAAAGCCAUUAAGGACAAAGAGGAGCAGAUUGGGAGACUAAAAGAAGAUUUGACCACAGAUGAAAAGAAGACGGAUGACCUACAGGCCAAGAUUGCAGAGGUGACUGAGAAGAUAGAACAGAAUAGAGCCAUCAUUGAUGCCAACAACAAAACCUUCCAAGACAUGAAGCAGCAAAAGGAUGCUUUACAGAAUGAACGGAAUACACUUUGGCGACAAGAGAGUGUGAUGCAGCAGGAACUCCAGGCAGCCAGAGAGGAACUGAGCAAGAAAGAACAGGGCUUGAGGUCCAUCACUGGAAAGGCAAUCCUCAAUGGCAUUGACAGUGUACAGAAAGUCUUACAAACUUUCCGAGAUACAGGAAAAUAUCCGGAGUUGACUGAUGGCUACUAUGGAGUGAUGAUUGAAAACAUGGACUGUGACAAGACUUUCUACACCUGUGUAGAAGUGACAGCUGGAAACAGGCUGUUUCAUCACAUUGUGGACACCGACAAGACAGGCACACGCAUCUUACAGGAGAUGAACCGACAGCGGCUGCCAGGGGAGGUAACCUUUAUGCCUUUGAACAGACUUGAUGGAAGAGAUACCAAGUACCCAGACACAAAUGACGCUAUCCCCAUGCUGAGUAAACUGACCUAUGAACCUCAGUUUGACAGAGCCAUAAAACAUGUGUUUGGAAAGACGCUUAUUUGUAGAAAUAUUGAGGUGGCCACACAAAUUGCCAGAACACAAAACCUUGACUGUAUCACAUUGGAUGGUGAUCAGGUGAGUCGAAGAGGUGCUUUGACUGGGGGGUACUAUGACACCAGACGCUCACGACUCGAUCUCCAGAAGGGAAAGAAAGUCCUGCUCACCCAACUAGAGACAAAGGAAGUGGAAUACAAAGAACACAAAGAGAAGUUGGAAAAGGUUGAAAGUCAGAUCAACAGCUUAGUGAGUGAGAUGCAGAAGAAUGAAACAAAGAACAGUAAAAACAAAGUAACAUAUGAUAAGAUGAGAGCAGAUUUACGGCUAAUGACAGAGGAGUUAAAGUCAAUAGAAAAAGCCAAGGCAAAGGAGAAGAGUAUUGGGAGUUUACAGACAAGUCUAGAGGCGAUGAAGAGCAGUGCUCAGUCCCUAAAUGAGGAGUUAGGGACAGACCUGUUGUCCCAGCUGGGGGUGGACGACCAGAAGGAGGUGGAUCAGCUCAAUGAUCAGAUCAAACAGCUGACUCAGGAGAAUAAGGACGCUCUCAAAGAGAGGAUUAGGUUGGAAGGGGAAAAAAAUAGACAAGAGAACCUUCUUAACAACAAUUUAAUGAAGAAACGCGAUCGUAUCAUGUCAGAGAUGCAGGAGGAAUCGGUGAUGGACAGACGGCAGAAACUUGACACACAUGCAGCAGAAAUGGCCACUGUUGACAGGAGGGUGGCAGAACUAAAAACUCUAUUUAAAGAUCUAGACAGUCAGUUAGAACGGAUGAAUAAAGAACAGAAGGAGAUGCAAAACAACAUGGAGCAGUGGAAGGCACAAGAAAGAGAACAUCAAGAAAAAAUUAAUGAUGAUGCUAAGGAUUUGGAAAAGAUGACGAAUAAACAGAGCUUAUUACUAAAAAAGAAAGAUGAAUGCAUGAGAAAGAUUCGGGAGUUGGGAUCAUUGCCAAAUGAUGCCUUUGAGAAAUAUCAGAACCUCAGUAUCAAACAGUUGUUUAAGAAACUGGAGCAGUGCAAUUCAGAAUUGAAAAAGUACAGUCAUGUGAACAAGAAGGCGUUGGAUCAGUUUGUGAACUUCUCUGACCAGAAAGAAAAGUUGAUGAAGAGAAAGGAUGAGUUGGAUAGGGCACACAGCUCUAUUGUUGACCUGAUGAAUGCUCUGGAUCAUAGGAAAUAUGAAGCUAUACAGCUGACUUUCAAACAGGUAUCAAAAUACUUCACAGAGAUCUUCAAAAAGCUUGUUCCCCAUGGCCAUGCUGUUCUCGUCAUGAGGAAGGGAGAUCAAGACCAGGGAGAAGGGGAAGAACAUGACGUGCCCCUAGUGUUACAGUUUACCGGAGUGGGAAUAAAGGUAUCUUUCACCGGUAACAAGGCAGAGAUGAGGGACAUGCAGCAGUUGUCAGGAGGCCAGAAGUCUUUGGUUGCCCUCACUCUCAUCUUUGCCAUCCAGAAAUGUGACCCUGCCCCAUUCUAUCUCUUUGAUGAAAUAGACCAGGCUUUGGACUCCCAGCACAGGAUAGCUGUUGCAGAUAUGAUACAUGAAUUGUGUCAAGACGCUCAGUUCAUCACCACGACAUUCCGACCAGAACUUUUAGAACAUGCAGACAAAUUCUAUGGUGUGAAGUUCAGAAAUAAGGUGAGCCAUGUGGAAUGCGUCAGCAAGGAAGAGGCACAAGAUUUUGUGGAAGACGAUACAUCACACGGCUGAGUUGGAGACUGCAUCCCCUAAAUUACAAUAAUCUCUAUUAAUGUCGUCAUUAGUUACUUGUCAUUCAUGUACCAUUUCAUCUUUAUAUAUUAUUACACUCUUUUACAUUAUCAUAGCCCUCUUCAUAUUUUACGAGUUAAUCAGUGUUAUGGAUGUCUUUGUGAGUGAGUGAUUAAUGUUUUAAGAAUGACAUGCCCGAAUUAGGAAAUCCAGAAGCCUAUCAGAAGCCUAUCAUUUAGUAAACAUCAGUCAUGAGUGGUAUGUAUAUAUGUAUGGGAUUAACCUGUAUCAAGUGUUGUUCUCAAGUAAACUAUUUCACCUUGAUAACAGUGUUUCUUUUAAUUUUUAACUGGCCUGGACUCUGCACAGGCAGUGCUUAUGUCAUUCCCCGAGGGUUGGCAUCGAGUAAUAGGGAUACUGUAAUUCUUCAAACUUUUCGCAUGUUUGCAAGGUGUUUAUUCAAGUGAAUUCUGAAGGCAUUAUUCUGUGGUGACUAAUAAAAUUAUACUUUAUGUGAAAGCCUGUAACUGGCAAAUCCAGCCAAUGUAUUUUUGUCUCCAAAAUCAAAUUAAAAAUGUGCAUAAUUUGCACUGAAAGUUGCCCUGUCGUGUGCGAAAAGUUAGAGGAAUUACAGUAGCUAUGCUAAACAUAGUGUUAGGAGUGAUAUGUUAAAAGAUACCGCAGGUAUUGAUCUCAAGGUUUGGAUACAUGUAGAGCACAAUAACACGAAGGGGAUGUUCCUUUGUUGAUUU